AUGACAGAUAGAUUCUCAGAAUCACAGAUGUUGCGUCUCGUAGAAGUAUAUCGAGAUUACGAGUGCUUAUGGAAUAUGUGGAGUGAUCUGUAUAAGAAUAGGGAGGCACGGCAGAUCGCGUACAUGGAAAUAUAUAGGCGCCUCAAUAUUCCUGGCCUCGAACUAAAAGACAUACCAAAGAAAAUUAAAAAUUUAAGAUCCUCAUACUGUCAAGAAUUAAAAAGGAUGGAAAAUAGUAUCCGGCAAGGAAAUACUGGAGAAUCUCUUUAUGAACCAAGAGUUUCCUGGUUUUCCCUUGCAGAAAGUUAUUUAAAGCCAUUCAUAAAGAGACAUGAAUUAAUCGCGCCUGAUCCAUCAGUAAUUCCAGCAGGAGAGAUGACCUCAUAUGGUCACAGCCAGACGAAUGUUAAUUAUGGUAGUAAAGAAGAAUUACUUGCGGAGAGUUUGAGAAGAAAAGAGAUAAAACGCGAAGAUGAAUCAGAAGAAGAAUCUUUCAAUGAAGAAAAUACUAAGAAUAUCAAAAGAUGCAGUUAUGAAAACACACAAACAUUUAAGAAUAACGGAAUUUCUUCAGGCUUUUCACUUAGCAAGAACGAACACAAUAUCAGUCAAGUCUUAGCCAAAAUUGAAAAAAUUGCUAACAAUAUCACAAAAUGUGCUGAAACCUUUAGCAAAACUAAAGAAGACGAGUUUGACAUCUUCGGUCGCUAUAUAGCUAAGACUCUACGUUCUUUGCCAAAGGAAUUAUCAAUUGCUGCAAAAUUAGCAAUUCAAAAAUCUGUAUCAGAUAUACAAAUAAAGGCAGUUAGAAAAGAAAAAAUUAGAUCAGAAUCAUAUGGUUUUUCAACUACAACAGAAACGGAUGAAUUGAAAUAA